AUGAGAGUAGCCGUUCAUCUUAUCUUGAUCAAUGCAGCGGGUGUUGGACAUGUUGGGCCUGCGUCUGAUUGGUGUGACUCAUUCCGUAUCUCCCAUAAUGGCCGCCUAUAUCCUAGUUUGUGUAUUUAUUGUGUACAUACUGGUCAUAAUUCUGAUCCACAGGACCUCAGGAACCGUACCAAGAUUACUGUGAAUCGAACAUAG